AUGGAUUGGAGAAUGGAGAUUACAACGAGAUGGAGGAUAAGUACGAGAAUGAUAGCUGGAAAUUUAUCACAACCACAAAUGCAUCGAGAAUUGAAAAAUCUCAGAUUUAUCAAUCCUGGUGAAGCAGUAGCAGUUUCUACAGAAGAAGCCUUGCAUAGUAGGCAGGGAGUUCGUCGAUCUACAAGACAUCGGAAAGGACUAAAAUCUGUCAGCCGCACGACAGAUUACUUUCCGCAUCAUGACGAGAGAGGCUAUCUGAUCAAGGCCGAUGGUCAUGGUGUCAAGUUAUGCGACUGCUUGCGAACAUCUUGCCCAGGCUGUCAUUACCCAUGUGAAAAAUGUGGUUCACGCAUGUGUGGACCAGCCUGUCAGAGGAAUCGAGAUUAUAUUAUUGAAAAUUUUCUCACUGAAACUGAACCACCUCGGUUUCGUAAACAUCCUUAUUAUAGUCCGUGA